UUGCUCGAAACAAAUUGCGUUUCGCAAAUUGAAAAAAAAAAAUGUCAGAAUCUUACAAUUCGCAUGUAUUUAAUGGGACCAUCCACGAGAAAUUGAUGCGAUAAACGGUAAUGUGUAGUUUGAAAUGUGAUGUGUUCACAACGAACGAUGGUGGUGUUUUGGGUAAUUUUUUGACAAUUCAAACGAUAUACGGUGCCAAAAGAAAACAUUGCGUGUUAUUGUUUAAGUAUGAACACGUCGGUUUCAGCAUUCAUUCGUUUUUGUUGUUGUAUUUUGUUCGUGCUCUGUCUCUAUACAAUAGUGAGUGUGUGCAUUGAAAAGACAAACGUAAGAGAAGAGAGUCAUAUGAAGAGCGACGUAUACUGGAGCUCGGUUUAAAUUGUAAUUUGAUAACACGGAGAGAAAUAAAAACAGAAAUAAAUAAUACAAACACACAAUUUGAUAGAUAAAAAAAAGAAUCAUUUGUAUUAUUGCCGGCAUCGCGAACACCGUCAGCCAGCAGUUGACAUUUGUCAUUUGCUGCAAAGCAGAAUCCAAUUGGACCGAUUGAGAGAAAAAGAGAGAAAAAAAUCACAUCUCCAAAUACACACGAUCAGGUUUUUCGUUGAAGAAACAAAAAUCGGUCGCAUUCCAUAUACCACAUAUUUUAUUUGGUCGUGUUAUAUAGAUUUGGUGAUAUAUUAUUUAAUGUUUUUUUUCGUUUUUUGGUUUGUCAAAAUGGUGAAGGAAAAAAACGUGUCUCGAAAUAAUAUGUUGUGAAUUGUUGAAGGAUUUACGUUAGAUAGACAGAAAACAAUUUUUUUUUCAUCGACAAAACAAAAGGAUUUGAUCGCGUGAACAUUGUAAAUAAUCAUCACACAUUUUAUAUUUUAAAAGCAUAAAAUGUCCGCAUAUCGACGAAUAAAUCGCAGUGCACGGUCAUUGGCGCAACAAUCAACAUUUGGAAAUGGCAACAACAGCAACAAUACAUCCGAAUUGAGUAUAAAUUCACCAUCAUCAAAUACCAGUACCACAAAUUUGAAUGACAGUUUAAAUAAUAGCAACAAGUCAUUGAUUCAGUACGAUACAAAUGGCAGUACAGAUCUAUUGGCCACAAAUAAAGGACAUACUGCGAUUAAAUAUGAUGAAAAUCAAUCGAAUAAAUGUGAACAUGAAUUAUCAAAUGGCAAUGGAUUCACUAGUUAUCCACUGCAACCGAAACAUAUUCGGUUUCCAGACGUGCCGUAUAGCUCUGAAUUAGUCAAUGAAUUGAUGAUUUUUAUCUACACCAUAAUUGCGACAGCCAUGCAAUUCUUACAUCUAUAUCGAACGGUUUGGUGGAUACCUGAAUCAAAUACAAAUCAAACAAUGAAUUUCUACCUGAUUGAUGGACAUCUAACAUUGUUCAUAGUGAUAUUAUUAGGACGACGGUUUAUGUACUGCUUUUUAUUAGGAAUACUGGAAAUGAUAUGCCCAAAACAGGUGUAUCAGAUUGCCGUAAAAGUUGCAAGACUCACCUUUUUUAUAGGUAUCAUCUCUGUGCUGGGAUAUCUGUGCUAUCAAAUGUUUCCGAAGCAACGGUAUAUUGUAAUUUAUUUAUGCUAUCCGAUGAUUGUUUAUCUGAUAACAUUUGGCACACAAAUUGAACCAUUCUUGCGGACAAUUUUUGAAACAGAAUCAUCGACUUAUUUCAAUGGCAUACCAUCACAUUCAUGUUCAACCAAUCCGACGGUGAUUCGAGCUGAAAUCGAUUUGUUACGCACAGAUUAUAACAAUCGGUUCAAACAAGUUGUAUUCACAUCACUGUUGAAUGCAUACUAUGGUGCAUUUAUUCCAUGUUGUUUUGCACAAAGUUUCUUGUACUAUGAUUUGUAUUGGGCCACACAACAUUUGGGAUUUUUAGUGUUAGGCGGUUUUACAAUGUGUACAAUGUUCUGUUUUCCGGCAAAUUAUUGUGAUGUAAUGCAUAUGGCAUCAUUGCAUUUGGGCAAAUGGACACGAGUGGAAACACGAUCAUAUUCACCGCCAGCAGUGGCAUGGCAGAAGCUAGUCUUUUAUCCACCUGGUCAAUUUGUUAAGCAUUCAGGAGAACUAUUUAAAUCGUAUGGUGCGGUCACAACUGCUAUUCCAGCCAACGGUGUUCAUAUACGAUUCUAUAUGUUCUUCCAAAAUCCAUCAAAUAUUUAUCUCAUUUUAUCCAUAGUUCAGUCUGUAAUUGUAAUACUACAAGUUGUCAUAUUGUUUAUGGUUGUUGAAUGGCACAAUAUUAUCUCGUUAAGUUAUUUAGUUUUGGCCAACUAUCAUACACUAUUCAAAAUUGUUCGAGAUUUUUUUGUCACGCAUCGAAUGUAUUCAUCAUCGUCAGCAUCCAGUACAUCACCAUCAACAAUAUCAUCACCAUCAUCACCAUCAUCGGCAAAGAGUCAUCGAUCUUGAGCUUUCGAUAAUGAUUACAUAUAAAAUGCCUCAAAUCUUAUCGAAUAUCACAAAUAAUAUGACGAAAAAGAACUGAUUUUAGAUGUUAAUACAUAAUACAAUAGCACAUACACUCACACGUCAUGGGACAUAGAAAAAGCAGUGAACAACCAAUGAUAACACAUGCCAGAAAGAAUCUAAAUUGUAUGUUUGCGCACACACACACACACACACACAUCUUACAAACCUUAAUGUACUCAAAUGGGUGAAAUUCACUUAAUCAACAACAUUUUCGUUUAAUUUAGUUUAUUUUUUAUUUAAAAACAAAACAAAAAUAAUUUAAAACAAUUUUCAUUCUUUCCUAUCUAUUGAUACUGUAAGAGUCAGUGAACAUAAUUUGAAGAGUGUGUCAGCUCACCAUAAGUCACAGUGUUAAAACCAAAUAAAAAAAAACAAGUAACAAACUUUUAUUUAAAUAAAAAAAACACACACACAAAAU